GUCAUUGGCAGCGAAUAGAUGCGCUUCAGAACAUCGCGAACGAUGAACACUGGUUUGACGCUAUUCUUUUUAUUAUUAUGUUGUUUCGGUUUUAUUCAAGCCAAAUCCUUGUUGCCGUCUUGUCCCAGCGGACAGUUCCUACUAAAAAAUCAGUGCGUGUUAUGUCAUCCAACCUGCGCGGAGUGUGAGGGUCAUGAGCUUUUCGAGUGCACCGCUUGUGGUUUAGAUGAGGAGGGGAAGGAGCGUUUCCUGUACCAGGGUCACUGCAGACUCCACUGCCCACGAGAGUUUUAUCCAGACCGAGACCAGUACACCUGCCUUCCAUGUAUGCCCGACUGUGAGAUCUGCGCUGAUGCCAACAUAUGUGCCAAAUGCAGGGAAGGCUACAAGCUGCAGAGUGGCAUCUGUCUGACAGUCCUGUGUGGGACUGGCCAGGUUCAGCACCCGGACACUCGAGAAUGUAUAGACUGUGGUAUUGGCUGUAAAACUUGUUCCACAGAUGAUCCAGAGGGUUGUAACAGCUGCACAGAAGGCUACUUCUUAUACAGACACCAUUGUCGUCAGCACUGUCCCCAGAGAACCUAUGAGGGCCGGGGUAGGGGACUGUGUAUCAGCUGCCUAGAGCCAUGUCUGGACUGUCGAAGCGAUUCCCUCUGUCUCACGUGCCAGUCUGGAUACUUCCUGAACAAUGGCACAUGUGUGAAGGAGUGCCCACCAGACACAUUCAGAGACACAAGAGGGUGGCGCUGUCAGUCAUGUCACAGCUCCUGUUUGACCUGUCACGGCCCUGGCAUGAGAGACUGUGACAGAUGCAGUGGCUGGAGCCGGCCAGAUUACGGGAAGUGCCCAGUGAUCAACUGCCCAGAGGGCCAGUAUGUUGAUGAGGAGAGUCCCACCUGUCAUUACUGUGAUGCAUCCUGCAAGACAUGUUACGGUCCCAGGGCUCAGAACUGCAUCACCUGUGCUUCUGGGUACAUGUUGGAGCAAGAGUCAGAAUGUGUAGACCGCUGUCCUCUGGGUUAUUAUGGGAACAGCUCCACUCUGCUGUGUGAGAGAUGUUCUGCUAACUGUGAGGCCUGCGAGAGCAGAGACGAGUGUGUGAGCUGUAAGACAGGCAUUUACCAGCUCUAUCUGUUUCAGGGCAACUGCUGGUCAGAGUGUCCAGAGUAA